AAUUGUGAACGGGGCUUACAGGGGAUCGAAUGCGAGGCUUUUGUCGGUCAAUACAGAGAGGUUUUGUGCGAAGGUGCAGAUUGAGAAGGGGAUUUAUGAUGGAAGGGUGUUGCAGGCUGUGGAUUAUGAGGAUAUUUGCAAGGUCUUGCAAUGAGAAUCGAGAUUGUUAGGAGAAUGUCUUUUGAGGGCCAAGCAUCUAAUAAACCACCAAAGCCAGCCGAUAAAGAUUCUUGUUGGGCAUAUGCUGAGCGGGUUGGUAAUGAUGCUUUAAAGGUUCGGUGCAAGUUUUGUGGGCAGUCUAUGUGUGGAGGCAUAAGCCGGUUCAAACAACACUUGGCUGGAAUCAAAGGGAACUGUUUGCCGUGUGAGAAGGUCCCUGAAGAUGUGAAGAAAAAAGUAAAUGAAAUCAUUGAUAGUGCUAAGAAGAAUAAGGGUGCAAAGGAGUUGAAAAUGCAGAAUUUACUCGAUGAUGUUCAUAUAGGGGAGGAAGAGGGAUAUGAAGGGAGUGUGACCGCAUCUACUCAGAGUCAGAGAAGCUCAUCAUCCUCCUCCUUCAAGACGAAAGGGCCAAUGGACGCUUUUGCGAGCCGCUCUCAUGAGGAGUCGGCUGAACUAGUAUUAAAAAUGAAACAACCAGUGAUGGACAACAAGUAUAGGAAGAAGGCAAGAGAUGAUGUGAACAGGUACAUUGGGAGAUGGUUCUAUGAAGCCGGCAUCCCUUUUAAUACCGCAAGUAUUCCUUCUUUCAUACAAAUGGUGCAGGCUAUUGGAAAGUUUGGGGUCUUCUUGGAUGCUCCGACACCAUAUGAAUUGAGGGAGACUAUUCUGCAGAGAGAGGUGGAUGAGACAAGGGAGAUCAUUGAAAAAUUUAAGAAGAGUUGCGCACUUAACGGGUGCUCCAUACUGACCGAUGCUUGGAGUGAUCGAAAGAUGAGAAGUAUUAUGAAUAUAGUUGUGCAUUCAGAUGGAGGAACAGCAUUUUUGGGUUCAUGUGAUGCAUCGGGCGACAAGCAUGAUGCAAAUUAUAUAUGCAACUAUGUGGAGAAAGCAAUUGAAGAGUUGGGGGCACAGAAUGUUGUGCAAAUUGUCACAGAUGGAGCUUCAAAUAACAUGGCAGCCGCAAAAAGCUUAGCAAUUAAGAAGCCAAAUAUAUUUUGGACAACUUGUGCGGCACACACUAUUAAUUUGAUGUUAGCCGAUAUAGCCAAAAUAAGACCUAUUCGGAGUGCAAUUGCAAUGGGAAGAACUGUGUCGGUGUACAUUUAUAGCCACACGAGAUCUCUUCAUGUGAUGAGAGAAUUUGCACGUGGGGACCUUGUUAGACCCGGGGUGACACGAUUUGCCACAGCUUUCCUUGCUUUGGAAUCAUUGAGAGAUAAAAAGAAAGUGUUGAAGCAAAUGUUUGUCUCUAAUGAAUGGAUGGAAUGCGAGCUUUCAACAAAAGAAGCGGGGAAAAAGGUUACUGAGAUUAUUCAUAGCAACAAGUUUUGGGACAACGUUGAUCUUGCCCUUAGAGUUUUUUCUCCUUUGGUGAAGGUUCUAAGGAGAGUAGAUGGUGAUAAAAUCCCCUCAAUGGGGUUUGUGUAUGGAGACAUGAUGAAGGCUAAGGAGGAGAUCAAAGAGGCCUUUCAGGAUGAAGAGAAGAAAUAUCUUCUUAUAGAGAAGAUUAUUGAUAAGAGAUUUGAUGCCAAGCUUAAAGAACCACUCCAUAAAGCAGGAUAUUAUUUAAAUCCUUAUUUCUACUAUCCAAAUCUUAUGGAGAUUGAAAGAGAUGGAAGUUUCUUGAGUUGCCUUGUUGAUUGUAUGAACAAAUUCUAUCCAGAUGAUGGUGACAUGCUUGGCAACAUUGGAGACCAACUCUCUGAUUAUCAGCAUCAAAGAGGAUCAUUCGGGAGAGAACUUGCAAAGAGAGAAGCAAAAAAGCCUAAUAAUAAUCCGGUUAUAUGGUGGAAACUUUUUGGCACUGACGCUUCGGAGUUGAGGAUGAUGGCAAUGAGAAUUUUGAGCUUAACAACUAGCUCUUCAGCAUGUGAGAGGAAUUGGAGCACCUUCGAGAUGAUAAUGGCUCUUUUUAACUUUAAAUCAUAUUGGAUGACAUUUGAGACUAAUUUGUCCUUUGUGAUUCUAAUUUGUAGAUUCAUACAAAAAAGAGAAAUAGACUAACGCAUCGGAAAUUGCAUGAUUUGGUCUACGUCAAGUUCAAUGCAAGAUUGAAGAAUAAGCAUUCCAACAAGGAUAGAGAUCCUUUAAUAGCCUUUGAUGAUGAAGAAAGGUCCUCCGAGUACAUUAGCUAAAUGUACUCGGAUAUCUGUACAAGAUGCCCGUCUAUGCCCUCUUGGUGACAUGAACACAUUUAGCUAAUGUACUAGAAUAACGUCCAAAAAACACCAAAUUUAUACUUUUAACUUCAUCUGCUUAUUUGAGAUAUUUGGAGGGAACAUCGAGGGAUGAUUGGCGGGAGUAUGUAAUUACUUUGUUAUACAAGUUCUCUAGCCCAACAUCUUAUUUCUUAGUUGUUUAGUGCUUAGUUUAUGCAACUAAAUUUCUUCUUUCUUACAACUUGAGAGGAGAGCUUAUUUUAUUCUG